CAAAAAGUUCUAACCAUGGCUGCAUCUUUCUCUCUGCUUUCAAUGAUAACGGAAGAAGAAGCGAGAAACGAAGCCGAAGUAGCAGAGGUGCAAGCAUGGUGGAACUCGGAGAGGUUCAAGCUUACCCGACGGCCGUAUACGGCUCGGGACGUUGUGGCUUUACGAGGCAGCCUCAAGCAGAGCUAUGGCUCGAACGACAUGGCGAAGAAGUUAUGGAGAACGCUCAAGACACAUCAAGCAAAUGGCACUGCUUCAAGGACUUUCGGUGCACUUGAUCCAGUCCAAGUAACCAUGAUGGCCAAGCAUUUGGAUUCGAUUUAUGUGUCUGGUUGGCAAUGUUCCUCGACUCACACCUCCACCAACGAGCCCGGUCCGGACCUUGCUGACUAUCCUUACGAUACCGUCCCGAACAAAGUCGAACACCUUUUCUUUGCACAACAAUACCAUGACCGAAAACAGCGAGAGGCGAGAAUGAGCAUGAGCCGCGAGGAGAGGGCUCGAACCCCUUAUGUUGAUUACCUGAAACCGAUUAUAGCUGAUGGGGAUACUGGCUUCGGUGGCACCACUGCAACUGUUAAGCUUUGCAAACUUUUCGUCGAACGUGGUGCUGCAGGCGUCCACAUCGAGGACCAGUCGUCCGUGACCAAAAAAUGUGGUCACAUGGCUGGUAAAGUACUUGUUUCCGUCAGCGAGCACAUUAAUCGGCUCGUUGCGGCGAGGUUGCAAUUCGAUGUUAUGGGAGUGGAGACGGUGUUGGUGGCCCGGACCGAUGCUGUUGCAGCUAAUUUGAUCCAAACGAAUGUCGACAACAGGGAUCAUCAGUUUAUUCUCGGUGUGACUAAUCCGAAUCUUCGGGGGAAAAGUCUGGCCACUAUGUUAGCCGAAGCAAUGGCUGCUGGAAAAACUGGGGCUGAACUCCAAGCCAUUGAAGAUAAAUGGCUAGCCAUGGCACAGCUUAAGACAUUCUCCGAAUGUGUCAUCGAUGCGAUCAAGAACAUGAAUAUCGGGGACACUGAGAAGAGGAGGAGAAUGAAUGAAUGGAUGAAUCAUUCCGGGUAUGAUAAAUGCCUCUCAAAUGAACAAGCAAGAGAAAUUGCUGAAAGAUUGGGGCUCAAAAAUCUUUUCUGGGACUGGGACUUGCCCAGAACCAGAGAAGGUUUCUAUAGGUUCAAGGGAUCGGUAAUGGCUGCCAUCGUUCGCGGUUGGGCUUUCGCGCCUCAUGCCGAUCUCAUUUGGAUGGAGACAUCGAGCCCCGACCUGAACGAGUGCACCGAAUUUGCCCAAGGGGUGAAAUCGAUGCAUCCCGAAAUCAUGUUGGCAUACAAUCUCUCACCAUCCUUCAACUGGGAUGCAUCAGGAAUGAGUGAUGAACAGAUGACAGACUUCAUCCCAAGCAUAGCCAAGCUCGGUUUCUGUUGGCAGUUCAUAACGCUAGCCGGUUUCCACGCGGACGCGCUCGUGACCGACACGUUCGCUCGUGAUUUCGCGAGGCGGGGAAUGCUGGCUUACGUCGAGAAGAUCCAGAGGGAAGAGAGGAACAAUGGAGUGGACACACUGGCUCACCAAAAAUGGUCGGGUGCCAACUUUUAUGACAGGUAUCUAAAGACAGUACAGGGAGGAAUAUCAUCCACGGCAGCCAUGGGCAAAGGAGUGACUGAGGAGCAAUUCAAGGAAACAUGGAGUAGGGCAGGUGCAGUGGAGGUCGGAAAUGAAGUCAAUAUGGUCGUGGCUAAGGCCAGAAUGUAAGGCAAAGCUGAGCUACUACAUGGCUGGUCUAAUAAAAGAUAGUUAUGAUACUACUGUAAAAUUUGAUCAUUAUCCUGUAUUUCUUUUAGCCCUGUUUUACUUUUGUUAACGAUGGAACAUGUCCAUUGGUAUGAAAAUAUGUUGUUGGCCAUCUUUUUUAAAAAAUAAAUACUAUUUAUAAGCUUGGAUGAGA